AGUUGCAGGAAUGGCCAGGUGGACUUUGUGGCGCCAACCCUCUUUGCUCCCCGCCAGCUGUUGGGAUGAGCUGAUGGCAGCGGGUGUGCGCAGGAGCAGCAGCAGCAGCGUGCCGAUGGUCAGACAGGCCUUCUCCGAGAGCAGCAGCAUCGUCAAACCCUUCGCAGAGAUUCCUGGGCUGUGGAAGAACGGCGUGGCCAACCUGUACAAUUUUUGGAAGCUGGAUGGCUUCAAAAACCUUCACCGGAUCAUGGUGCAGAAUUUUAACACUUUUGGACCCAUUUACAGAGAAAAGAUAGGCUACUAUGAAAGUGUAAACAUCAUCAACCCGGAGGAUGCUGCCAUCCUGUUCAAAGCAGAGGGACAUUAUCCAAAAAGGCUGAAAGUCGAAGCAUGGACCUCAUACAGAGACUACAGGAAUCGCAAAUAUGGAGUUCUACUGAAGGAUGGGGAGGAAUGGAGGUCCAAUCGGGUCAUCCUCAACAAGGAGGUGAUCUCGCCCAAGAUGCUGGCAAACUUUGUUCCCUUGCUGGACGAAGUGGGCCAAGACUUUGUGGCCAGGGUCCACAAGAAGAUACUGCGAAACGGACAGAACAAGUGGACCACUGAUCUCUCUCAGGAACUCUUCAAAUAUGCACUGGAAUCUGUGAGCUCAGUUCUGUACGGCGAGCGUCUGGGCUUGAUGCUGGACUACAUCGAUCCGGAAUCUCAGCACUUCAUCGACUGCAUCACUCUCAUGUUCAAGACUACCUCGCCCAUGCUGUACAUCCCGCCUGCUCUGCUCAGGCGCCUUGGAGCCAAAGUGUGGCGUGACCACGUGGAGGCUUGGGAUGGAAUCUUUAAUCAAGCUGACCGCUGCAUCCAGAACAUCUACAGAAAGUUACGGCAGGAGAGCGGCCAAGCGGCCAAAUACCCAGGAGUACUGGCCAGCCUGCUCAUGCUGGACAAGCUGUCCAUUGAAGACAUCAAGGCCAGUGUCACCGAGUUAAUGGCGGGGGGGGUUGACACGACUUCUAUCACAUUGCUGUGGACGUUAUAUGAGCUGGCCAAACAUCCCAACCUCCAGGAAGAGUUGAGGGCAGAGGUGGCCUCAGCCAGGGCCCAGUGUCAAGGAGACAUGGUCGAGAUGCUCAAACACAUUCCUUUGGUCAAAGGAGCUCUGAAGGAAACACUAAGGUUGCAUCCAGUAGCAGUGAGCUUGCAGAGAUACACAGCAGAGGACAUCAUCAUUCAGAACUACCAGGUCCCAGCGGGGACCCUGGUGCAGUUAGGUCUCUAUGCAAUGGGAAGAGACCCCAAGGUGUUUUGUCGCCCCGAGCAAUAUCAGCCCUCUCGCUGGCUCAGGACCCAGACCCACUACUUCCGCAGCCUGAGCUUCGGCUUCGGCCCGCGCCAGUGUAUAGGACGCAGGAUAGCUGAGACGGAGAUGCAGAUCUUUCUCAUCCAUAUGCUGGAGAACUUCAAAGUGGAGAAACAAAGACAUGCAGAUGUGCGGAGCACCUUUGAACUCAUACUCCUACCAGAUAAGCCCAUACUUCUAACUCUCAAGCCCCUGCACUGUAGUCCAUAGUUUGUUUCAAUAAUAACCAAAACAUGCAUUAUUUUAAUUUAUUAGCACGUGAGCAAAGGCCUUUGUUAGGUCAUGGCCCUGUUUGAGUGUAAUCUGGAAUAAUAAUCAUCUCUAUUCCAUGUGUGCAAAUAAAAUACUGCAAAUGACACAUAA